GUGAAAUCAACCUAAAUUUAAUUAUACCAAACCAGCAGAAGGAAGGGGGAAAACUAAGAGCAAUCCAAACUAGGUGCCUGGACAAAUACUCCAGUCUUACACUCGGACCCACAACAAGAUCAGCAAUUUGAAGAAAAGUGUUAGCUGAUUAAAUCGACUCCAGUACUUAACUAGUACUUUAUUUUAUCGACUCUGAAAGGAUGAAAGACAAAUCUGACUUCGGAGGGAUUAGAACGCAGACCAUAAAGAGCUAAGAAUAUAUACCACAAGGCAUUUUGUCCUACGGGCUAACGAUUCAGUCAGUAUCUUAGUUGAGAAAGAAUAACGUAUUUUUGUUUAUAUUCAUAAUUCUUCUGCUUCGGUGUGAAUCAGUUCAUAUUUCUUUUGUGACACGAAACUUACCUUUCGCCCAAAUAGUUUGUACCUAAGUCAUCCAGCGCUCUGAUCCGGUUUACAAGUAAGUGCAGUAUUUGAUUGUCACUUGUUAAAGCGACAUGUCUUUAGGAAACGAGGAGAAAAACAUUAACGUUCCAAAAUGGUUAUCAGACUGUAAAGAAGCGAUCACAUCUUCUACGGAAUGGAAACAAUACAUUUUGACAUUAAACGAUGCCAUAAGACAACAGUUGGAAGACAGCCAUGUACCAUUCUUUACCGACCUCAGCCAGACCAGCAGAAUUCAUUUCGUGGACACAGCAAUGAGAGCCACAGAAAAUGGUACAGAUUACAGAUCAAUACACGACAAAGUAACCAGUUUGGUCAAUCACCAUCUUCACACUUCAGCCAUCUCUCAUUCUCAUCGACCUUACACCAAAUCUCAAGGGAUUAUUCAACAAACCUAUGAAGGCAUAGAAUACUUACUUCACCGCUGGCCCUUCCUCAGGUCUAAAUUGACCAUUUUCUUUAACUGUCCUCUGCCAAAACACCUACGUCACUUAAUCUGGAAGACUUUCUUAGCAGAUGCAAAAGCUUCUCACAUGUUUCUGGCCCAAUGUAAGGAUGAUCCAGACAAACGAAAGCUAUUCAAUCGAGAAAUAUCAGAAAACUGCAGAAAAUUUAUAAAACGAAUAAACCUGCAGGGAUUAAAUGGUUCAGAGGGUGCCUUUUAUUGUAUGAAAAGCAUUCUAGCAUUUUACCUGUCGGUUGCAGAACAACCAGUGUCUCUGGAUCCCAAGGAAUAUUUCAUCACUGUACCAUUCCUUCUAGUUGCUAUGCAACAUAUCCAAAUUACAAAUCCAGUCCCUGAUAAAGUUCUUUCACUUCUGAUUGAAGAAUAUUGCUCAUUCAUGAAGAACCUUCCCAUGUUUGUACAAGAUUCAGACAAGGAUCUAAAAUCUUUUACCAAAAACGUUAUACAAACAUUGAGGCAGAAAUACCCAAAUGCAGAACAAGUGUUUGCCCAAAAAUGUGGUGGGGUACAUCAAGAAGCUGCUAUCACAUCCGACAAUGACAGGGAAUUCAUUCAAAAGAUGUCUGUUUUACUGAAACCGAUCAUCCAGAAUAUGUUUGUUGUUUACUUUAAUCUGGAAACUCUUCUGUAUGUCUGGGAUCAGUAUAUCAUCACAGCCGACAACACAAGCUUCCAAAACUCUUGGCUGAUUGCUGUGACUGCUAUUUCAUUGAAUUGUCUCAAAGACUCUCUGAGAAAUACCACAUCAGCUGACAUUAAUUUAAUAUUACUUGAAAACUGGCCCAUGAUCACAGUUUUGGAUCUACAAUUUGAGGUAAAGAAUAAAUUCAAUGAAGAAUUUGAAAGUCUUUUAGAUGUCAGUCAGCAGAGAAAAAUGACCUUCCUUGACCCAUCUCUCAACAACACUUUCUGGCAGAAAUGGUACAAUUCCCCAUCACUAGAAUACACCCAACCUCAAGACAGGCGUCUGUUCAAAGAGAUUCUACAUGCAGAAAAAGAAAGAAUCAAUCAACAAUUGGAAAGAAAUCAAUUGGAAAUCCAAAGAGAGAAACUUCAAUACAAGCAACAAUUAGAAGAACUCCUGGAACAAUCUAGAAACGAGAAACAAUUGAUGCUGAGAGAACAGAACAGUUUACAAGAAAAACUAAAUAAAGAGAUAGCAGAUCACAAAAUAUGUUCACAGAAUGCAGCAAUGAAAAUAGCUGAACUCAGUGCAGAAUUGCAAACCCUCAGAGAACAAAGUCUUAAUUUAAAUUGGGACAAUCUUUCUUUCCAGAAAUUUCCUGACUCCCCAAGGGUUCAUCCUCAAAAUACAAAUCCUUCUUCUGCUAGAACCUGUUAAACCUAAAUAAAAGAUAUGAGAGAAAAAGAAAAAAAAGAGUUAAACCUUGAGUUAAACUUGAGUAUCUGAUGAGUGAUGAACCAACCGGAAUUGAAUCCAUUUGUGACAACCACCAGGAAUUAUAUGACUUGUGUAUCGUGAGUCAACAGAGAAGGGAAUACAUGGUCAUUCAAGCUGAUAGAAAUAGUCCUCAAAUCUCCCUCAAAUUACACCUUACAUUUUUGAAAAUGUAGAACACUUUGGCGAAUGUAGUCCUAGAUAUAACUGGAACACAUUAUAGGUUUGCUCUGAAAGACCUGACUUGGAAUUACAACCAUAACAACAACAACAAUAGCAAACAUAACCUGGAUAUCACAUGGUUAUCCUAAAUACAAAGCGUGAUAUCUGUUCUCAGUUUUAUUGAUCUCUAAUAUAUAAAAUAGAGAUGUGUGUGUAUUCGCUUAUCACGUGAAAACGGCUUCACCAUUUACUUCCAUACUUGUGAUGCAUGAAUAAUUUGACCUCGGAUAAAUGUUAGGCUCUUCAUUUGAUUUUUUUAUUAAAAAUAAAUAAUAUUGCUUUA